AUGUCGCUAGUUGAGAAAAAGCGUAAACGCUCUAAUAGAUUUGAUGAGACCAAAAAUAAAAUACGAAAACAAGGAAUAAGUAUUAUACAAAGAAAAAUAACCAGAAAACUGACAUUGUUUGAGCGUUUACCUUAUGAAUUGCUAACAAGAAUUUUUCUUAUGUCUAAAAACGAUAGUCUAGCUGCUGUGUCUCCUGUUUUGUGGAAUCGACUUGGGAUUAGGGAUAAAAUACCUUCAUAUUUAUACAUUGAUUUUACCUUGUGCAUGAAUCCCAAGAGCGUGAUCCUUGCAAUACAACGUUCUUUACCUCGCCGAUAUUUUACAUUGCAACUGUUGAAUUAUAUAGAUGACCUCGUAGCAGCAGGUUAUGUUCAGAAAAGUCAAAGGGAAGAACUUUUAAACGGAAAAGUGAUCCAUGCAGGGCAUAAAGGUCAUAUUCCACGGCGUAUAUUAUUUCAACUCAAUGCUCGGCAGUUUAUUGAAGAUUUAAAAACAAGAAACUUUUCUUUUAAAAUUUCUACACUGACAAACGGCUUUCUUAUUGGUAUAAAAAUGAAAGAUGUAAGUCGACUCUUACAAGUUGGUCACCUUGUUUUUCAAGAAGUACUGCAUAAAGAAGAGAACGAUGUUGAAACAGUUUUCCAACCCGCAUUUGAACAAUGUAUAAUAAAGGAUUCUGUAGAUCUUUUGGAUAUCGUCUACGGUUUCUGGUUUAACCUUGCCCAGAUGCGUUGGACAAAGUUCCGCAUUGAUGGCUUUUUGGCACAGUCUUUGGAGUUUGCUGUUUCUCGAAAGGCAACGAAUUCUGUACAUUAUUUAAUAGGAAAAGGUGCUAUUCCUCAAUUGGCUACUUUACUUAAAUUCCAGUAG